AUAAUGCAGCAUUCUUUUGGUCAGGGCGCAGUCAGUAGCACCUCUGUCCUUUAUGUUUUUUACGUUUUGAUAAAGCAGAGGAAAAGGAAAAUCUCUUGAGCUUGCCGAAUUGUGUGCGUUAAUAUGGAUGGAAAGCUCGACGUCACGCUAGGACGAAACGUCUUUAGAUUUUCACAUCAGUUAGGAGUGCAAGGGUCAAAAUUCACUGAGGACCUUCUGAGUUCAUUCUUCUCUAAUUUGUCAAGUUUGAGCUCUGUCUGCAUCUCACGUGCAUCUAAUAAUACGACACGAGAUCCUGGUUAAUCGACGAACCUGCGUGAUUGUUUUGGAUCAUUCCAGUGAAGCAAUGAUGACGGGAAAGAAAAGCAACAAGUGCAUCACAGUGACGCUGUGUUCAUCAAAUGGACAAACAACUGAGAAGAAGGAAUGUGACAAAAUAAAGAGGUAUAAAUGUCAUCUUCCAGCGGGCCUCCGGAACCACACUGUCACAUGACACGAGAGGCCAGAGUUUUGCUAAACCUCCAGAAAAGACCAACAUAACUAUUGAAAGCCGUCCAGAAAAUGCAGAUAAGGAACACCAUCGUCUGUCUUACGACAUCGCGGAAUUAUUCGGAACCAGGUCGUUAUAGCCUACAUUUGACUCAAAGGAAAAAUUCAUCCCCAAAAAUAUUGAGUCAGCGACCGAAAAGGACCAAAAUGCAAAGUGAUAUUUAUUACAGGACGACAUAUAGAGGGACGAAACAAAUGGCUAUAAGAUCUGAAUCAAGACUGCACUAACUCCAGCAAACUAGCGUAUACCAGAGAUGAUAUCAAAUCAACAGGUUUGUAGCCAAAGUGUAUCACUGGAUAUAUUAUUGGAUGACAGAAUGCAAGCAAAUACUACAAAUAGGAGCGUGGCGUUAUUUUAUGGUGAGUAAAUAUAGGCCUAGUUGAGAAAUCUGAAAUUUAGAAAGCUAGAUUGCAUAGCCUAUUUGAUGAAAUAUUAGACUUUUGUAAUAAUGUUUGAAGGGCCUAAAUAUAUUAUAUAUUAGAAUAUUGUAUUCGCUGUUAAUUAAAAUGUUGCUUCAAAGUUUAUCCAAAUAUAGAGUAAAAAAAUAACCUCAUAUCAGCGCCGGAGCGACAAGAACCCCCCGCUAGGAUUGACUGACUCAAAAAGCACGUACUGCUGUAAACAACUGACCAAGAGCAUUUGAUGUUCCAAACUUAUAAUCUGUUUUCGUAAGUUUAAAAAGAGUCGCUCUUGGUAGGACCAUCUCUGCAGCAAACCAAAACUGUCUUCCGCGAAACUUCAACAAGAUUUAUUAAUGUUGGCUAUGGCAUCUACAAUGCCUAAGGUGAAAGUCCUUCCGCACACAUGGCUGGGCAUGAAUAUCCAGCUUAAUGGGUCACAAUUCUGUCUCUUCUGAACAACCUCGUUUCCACAAAACUGCAAAUUCCCUAGAGCGUAACCCAUAACAAAGCUGCCCUUCAAAUGAUAAAAAGCCAAUUUCACGUAUUAUUUGCGAAAUUAAUUUAAAUCAUAGAGUAUUAAGCUUUAUUAAUGCACUUACUUUAUUAAAUAAUCUAACCUAUUUUGGGUUAAUAAAUCAGUCAAAUCACUGUGUAAAAAAUAUUGCCAUUAUUACGAGGUUUUAGUGUGCUACUUUAUAUUGCGUUUAUUUUAAAAAGGUUUUAUCUGCCCUAAAUAGAAUGUAGCGUUCACUUUAGGGUAAAAUUACAAGCUAAAUCAUUAUCUUAAACUUUUAUAGAGAGAAAAAAACAUAUUCGAUACCAGUAGUUCCCGAUUAUUAGGAACAAAACUUCCUAGCUCCAUAAAUAUCUUAUUUUAACGAAAGAUUAUAGACUACUAGAUUAUGUUUUCUAUUUUAAAAGUAGAGAGGCCCAUAUCUCCUUUUAAGAGAUAAAGACAAACUAUAUUUGUGCACAUGGGGGUCUUCUAAGUUAAAGUAGGACUUCACAUUUUGAAACAUCUCAAGAAGAUCAUUAGGUAAAAAAUACAAAGGCAAACUAUUUCACGUCAGAUGUUAUUGCGCAUGAUGUAUUUCAGGGGCCUUUUUAAUUUAUAGCUCGCUAAACAAAUACUUCAGUUGUCCUCACCGUCACAAAUACACAAUAGCUAUAAAUUAUCUGUUGCUGUACUCGCUUUAAUUCACAUUAGACCUACAUUGCGACUUUAUCAGAUUGAUGGGUGGAUUCGAUUGAUGUGUUUGUCAUGUAAAUACGAAUCGUUUGAUGGACACCUGCAACGCCCAGAGUGCUACCGCAGGUCGCACACUAUUGGCGCAAAAUUAGUCACAUGAUCUGUCACUUAACUGAUAUGAGCUCGGAUACAACUUUGCGUGGUUUGACAUACUGCUUAGAGGUUGUAGGGGCACUGGGACCACACAUCAGCUUAUAUUGACCCUGCUUAAUCAAUUUUGCUUGGUCAGUCAACAAUGAAUUCCUACUUAGAUUAUACGAUUUAUAACCGUGGUUCUAACACGUAUAGUUCGAAAGUUGGGUGUUUUCCUGUAGAGCAAGAAUACUUGCCAAGUGCUUGUGCAAGUACAAAUAGUUACAUUCCCGAGGGACGGCCAGUCGGAGGAAACACUUUCACAUCGGCACCGCACGAAACUCAUGGCACAUCUUACGCACAAAUUCAAUCGCAGCCAUUCCACCUCAACGUGGACAUGGGAAAAACUGGACACAACAAUUUCUGCAAGCAAACCAGACCUCCUCAUUCGGACUAUGGACAUCAACACGUUCUCACUCAAGCAGAUGACCACAUGCGCCUUCAGUCCCCUGGCUUUUCCGUCGUGAAUAUGGGAGCCAACAUUGGAACUUACAGUGAAUCAAACUGCAGGCCUGGCUCGGUCUCUGCAAGCCACUAUCAAUCAUAUGCAUAUGGAGAAGCCGAAACACACGGCUAUGGUUCGUUUAGCAAGUACCAGGUCUCUCCUGACAGUGACAGCGACUCCAAGACGAACAUUAAACAAGCGCCAACGUUUGACUGGAUGAAAGUCAAGAGAAACCCUCCUAAAACAGUUAAAGUCGCCGAAUACGGAAUCCAUGGCCAGCAGAACAUAAUACGCACCAAUUUCACCACCAAGCAGCUCACGGAACUUGAGAAGGAGUUUCACUUCAACAAGUACUUGACCCGGGCGCGCAGAGUGGAGGUGGCCGCCACACUCGAACUGAACGAAACGCAGGUUAAAAUUUGGUUUCAGAAUCGCAGAAUGAAGCAGAAGAAGCGCGAGAAGGAAGGAACGGCUCCGGUAAUUAAAAGAGCAACCCUUUGCUCUUCUGGUCAAAACGCAGACCACUCAACCAGCUCAUCGCCUGGUGCUUCGCCUACCUCAGACUCUUCUACUGCAAUUUGAUGAGUGCCACACUUUUGAUUAAUUACUGGAGGACUAUUUAACUUAUUCUGUCGUAGAAAAAAACAUGGUUUACGUGCUAUGUGUGUUUUUGUGCUGCAUUAGAACUACUAAAUAGAUGCAUUAACAGGGUAUAUGCUUAAUAUUCAAAUGUUUUUCUUCUUGUUGACAUCAGGUCAAUUAUUUUGCACUACAGAUUCCUCUGUUGAAAGAGUAUUAAAAAGUAAAAAAAAGACUGACAUGUUUAUGGAUUUCGAAAACAAUCUGACCUGAUAAAUAAAUAUUUUAUU